CCAAAAUCACACCUCCACUUGUUUUCCCUCUCCUCCGCAUUCCCCCAAUCGCCGCCGCCCCUUACCCUCUAUAAAAUCCCACCCCCAACCCUAAUCCCUCUCCUCACACAAACAUUUCUACAAACACCAUAUCUUCUCCCUCCACCACACAAAUCCAAAAUUCCCCUCUCCUCAAAACCAAUCCAAACUUCAAUUUCUCAAUCCCAAUUUGCCGCCAUGGCCAUUGCUCAACGGAUCGCCCGCGCCGCGGUGGAGCAGCCGAAGCUAGUCGCGCCCCAGGCCGUCGCCCUCACGCAGGACGAUUUGAAGAAGAUCGCCGCUUACAAGGCCGUGGAGCACGUGAAAUCCGGCAUGGUGGUGGGGCUCGGCACCGGCUCCACGGCCAAGCACGCCGUCGACCGAAUCGCGCAGCUCCUCCGCCAGGGGAAGCUGAAGAACAUCGUCGGCGUGCCGACGUCGACGCAGACGCACGAGCAGGCGGUCUCGCUCGGGAUCCCGCUCUCGGAUCUCGGCUCCCACCCCGUCGUCGAUUUGGCGAUCGACGGCGCGGAUGAGGUCGAUCCGUCGCUCAAUUUGGUGAAGGGGCGCGGAGGGAGCCUGUUGAGAGAAAAAAUGGUGGAAUCGGUCGCGAAGAAAUUCAUCGUGAUUGUUGACGAAUCGAAAUUGGUGAAACACAUCGGCGGAAGCAGGCUCGCAAUGCCGGUUGAGGUCGUGCAAUUUUGCUGGAGCCAUUCGCUGAAGCGGCUGGAAUCGCUAUUCGCGCACACCGGCUGUGUCGCGCAGCUGCGGAAGGCGGCGGCGGAGGGCGGCGGGAAAAAGCCCUAUGUGACUGACAACAACAAUUACAUCAUCGAUUUGUAUUUCGAGAAGGAAAUUGGGGAUUUGAAUAGGGCGAGCGAUGCGGUGUUGAGGCUUCCUGGAAUCGUCGAUCACGGGAUGUUUAUCGGAUUAGCAACGUCUGUGAUUAUCGCCGGAGUCGACGGCGUCACGAUCAAGACGAAGAAAGGGAAUGAGAUUGAGCGGGAUUACUUCUGCUACAGUGAUUUGAGGAAAGGGUUAUAAAAUUAGGGUUAUUGAUUUGGGGAUUUUUGAUUUACGCUCCUAUUUCUAUGGAUGAAAUUUUGGUAGGAAGAUUAGGAAGCUUAUUUAUUUAACUUUUGUUGUUAAACUCUGAAAAAGGUGGGAUUUUUCUGGUAUUUAUAACAAGGAUUGAUGCCAAUUUACAUGA